CAAUCAUGCUCGGGCAGCAGCUAAAUUCAUUUACGGUAGUGUGGCAUUGUCGAGGAAGUAGGGUGCGAGUCGAAGAGAAAAAAAAAGAAGGAACUGUUUUCCUUUUCUUGUGCCGUGGCGUGUACUUGUUUCUCUAUCGUACUACAUGUGUAGGUCGGUCACUGGCUCUCCAAAUCACAAAACUAAGAAGAGUUCGCUAUCGCCGGAGUUGUGUGAGAUUUUGGAGAUCUUAGCUUGCUAGCUAUAUUGCUACCCAAACUAAACAUUAAAGCUUUGCUAGCUAGUUGGAGAAGCGACGCCUGUGCACCGCGGGUUAAAGUGACAGAACCUACCCAAAAGCGCAAUGUUGGUGACCGUAUUCUGCGCUCCGAGGGACCGCCCGGAAAUAACAUUUUCCUUGGACGUGUCACCCGAACUCGAACUGAGGGACUUUGUGGCUCUGUGUGAAUUAGAAUCUGGAAUACCGGCUACAGAUAUACAGAUAACCUACGCAGAGCAGCCCUUGCAGGACCCCACCCGUGCUCUGGGUGCGUAUGGCCUGAAGGACGGGGACGUGGUAGUGCUCAGACAGGCAGAGCGACGGCCACCCCCUCAGCCUGCAUUUCCAGGACUCCCCCACAUAGACUUCAGCUCCAUCGCAGUCCCGAGCACCUCCUCGGGUCGACGGCCCACCUCACAGCAGAGGCAAACCCCAAACACACAACAGCAGCGCCAGCAACAACAACAGCAGCAGCCACAGCAGCAGCAGCCGCAGCAGCAGCCACAGCAGCUAGAGCCGGAGCAAUCUCCCGUCCCACCCCCGCCCCCUUCUCUCACAGGCUCCGCCUCCUCUCCGCAGGGAUUGGACGACCCCGCCCUGCUCCGUGAGAUGCUGCUGGCUAACCCGCACGAGCUGUCCCUCCUGAAGGAGAGGAAUCCCCCGCUGGCUGAGGCCCUGCUCAGUGGAGAUUUGGAGCGUUUCACCAAAGUGCUGCUGGAACAGCAGCAGGAGCGAGCACGCAGAGAGCAGGAGAGGAUCCGACUGCUCACAGCCGACCCCUUCGACCUGGAGGCUCAGGCCAAGAUAGAAGAGGACAUCAGGCAGCACAACAUCGAGGAGAACAUGACCAUCGCCAUGGAGGAGGCUCCCGAGAGCUUUGGCCAGGUGGUCAUGCUCUACAUCAACUGCAAAGUCAACAACCACCCGGUCAAGGCCUUUGUGGACUCAGGGGCUCAGAUGACCAUCAUGAGCCAGGCGUGUGCCGAGCGUUGUAACAUCAUGCGUCUGGUGGAUCGGCGCUGGGCAGGCAUCGCCAAGGGCGUGGGCACGCAGAAGAUCAUCGGCAGGGUGCAUCUCGCCCAGGUCCAGAUCGAGGGGGACUUCCUGCCCUGCUCCUUCUCCAUCCUGGAGGACCAGCCCAUGGACAUGCUGCUAGGGCUGGACAUGCUGAAGAGACACCAGUGUUCCAUCGACCUGAAGAAGAGCGUGCUCCUCAUCGGCACGACGGGGUCGGAGACGCGCUUCCUGCCGGAGGCCGAGCUGCCAGAGUGCGCCCGGCUGGCCUACGGGGCGGACACGCGGCCCGACGAGAUCGCCGACCGUGAGCUGGCCGAGGCGCUGCAGAGAUCCGUACAGGAGAGCGAUAUUGAAGAUGGACAAACUACCUCACCACCAGUCCAACCGUGCCCUCUGUCCACCCCCUCUGACAAAACCUCCCUCACUCCCUCCCCUCCCCCCGGCCACGCCCCAAACCCCGCCCUCGACAGAUCUCAGUCCGCCCCUGCCUCUCUGCCCCCGCCCCCUCCCCCUCCACAGGGGGUGACUGCGUCAGGGUCCCGCCAAAGCCAUCUCCCCUUCCUGGGUCUCCCUGGACCUGCACCCCCAAUCCCAGACACCCUGGAGGCCCCAGAUCCACAGGCCCUGCCCCAGGGUCCUCCUCCCUCCACAGCAGGUCCCGACCCUCUCCCCCGCCCCCCUCCUGCCUCCCUGGACCCCCCCUCUGCUCUGAAGGUCGCUACGAAUACGGACAACGCCGAAAGCCUCGCCCCCACAGCAAUGGAAGUGGGGGUGACGGGCGGUGGGGAGGGAUCGGGGUCGUCUGCACUCCUCUCUCUCCCCCACCCAGGGCCCCUCACACUACAGACUGGGUCAGAGCUGGAAAUGACGCAGUCGACCGAUGCCAAAAACACUUGCGGGAACGUUUGGGGAGAGCGGGGCGAUGACGAGGAGGAGAGAGAGGGGGUGGAGAUGGAUGGGGUCUGUGGUCCCUGCACUUCCCCCCCUGACGCGAAACUCCAACCCAGCCUCAGUGUCCACAAUGAGCACUUUGCCUCUGGCCCCUCCCUCGACCCGGCCAUGGACUCGCCCAUCGACGCCCAGGCCACUGUCCAGGUGGAGAGGGACCAGGCAGAGGGGGAACAGCAGCUGAACUCUGACCCCAUGCCCUCCCUGGCCGCGGCCCUGAAGGAGCUGCACCAGCUUCUGGUGGCCAACAGCCGCAUGCUGUCCCAGGAACGGAGCCCUUCUCCCUCCCCUCCCCCCUCCCCUUCUCCCUCUCCCUCCUGCCGGGAAGUCACUGAUGGAGUCCACGACAGUCCAGUCUCGCAGUCUGGACCUGCUACCCUGGAAUGUGUCCAGUCGCCUACACCUACACCCGAAACGAUCGCCACCGAACCUGAGCAAGUCCCCAACCCUCUCCCCGAUCUUUCGGCCGACUUCUCUGGCUACGAGGGGAGCCCAGGGAGAGGGGAGGGAGAAGCAGUGGACGGGGAGAAGGUGUCAGGAGGAAGCGAGGUGCACCGGGAGAAGGUGCUCAGAGGGAGUGAGAUGCAUGGGGAGAAGGUGCCCAGAGGCAGCAAGGUGCAUGGGGAGCUGAUGGAGGACAUGGAGGGGAGGGCUGAGACAGGGCCAGAGGUGGCCACCCCCACUCCCAGCCCUCCUCAGCAGGGUCUGGAGCUCAGAGAGCCCCCCGAGGGGCAGCAGGGCCGGGGUGUGGCAGACGGGCGAGCCCCCAACCCCCUGCCCUCUCCGAUGGAGGUGUCUCCCCAAAACGCCCUACUGACGACCACCGACCCCCCUUCUCCCACCCCGGCGAUGCCCGAUAAAGACUCCCGACAGGUCUCUCAGCCUCUUCCUCCCGCCUCAAUCCCGUGCCAGUCCUCUUCUUCCUCCUCUGCCACCCCUCUCCCACGCGCUCCGAGCGAGUGCUUCCCGGCUGCGCACAUCCAGAAGAUCCAGGCGGCAGGGUUCUCUGCCUCAGAGGCUGCUGAGGCUCUGGAGCAAGUCCAGGGCCACGUGGAACUGGCGCUCCUCAUGCUGCUGGCCCGAAAAAUCACUGUGCCCUCCUAGACACCCCCUGCAGGGAGUCCCGCCACGGCCACAGACACCUUACCCCAACCUCUGACCCCCUCAUCCCUGUCUGCCCUCCCAAUGGCCUGUGACAAGAAACGUGCAGGCUCCUGGACUUCUUUUUGGGACAAUGACUGGUAGAAGUAUAUUAAAUAAGAAUCUGGCGAUGUGAGAUUUUUGUUUUCCUCAUUGGCUCGCCAGAUGAUGUUGGAGCGUUCUGAAAUGUGAGCAUUGGUUGGUUCAUCAGAAGGCAGGUGUUUUAUGGUGAUGUAUAUUUUUUUUUGUUUUUGGGGGAGGUCAGGCAUGGCUUUGAGUUUUACGGUUUCUUUGACUUUUCUUGUCACAAUACAAUGCUUUGUUGCCAUCUUUAAUUCUGGUGAAAAUUCAGGUUUUUAAAGAGGAGGUAUGAAUCUUCUGACCCUGGCCUUAGGAAAAGACCGUUGCAGAUUGCUGAGUGCCAUUUUGUAGAGAGAAAACAGAAAGUUGGACUGGAAGUUUUUAAUUGCACCUUGGGUUUUCUGAAGAUCUUACUAGCUUACCUUACAGUUAAUAUAUAAUCUGUAUCUAAUUGGGAUGAAAAAUUUACUUUUUCAGAGGAAAUAAGUGGGAUACAGAUUGAAUCCUUGGGAAAGUUUGGCUGGUGAACAACCACCACUGCAAAUGGCCCUAAAGGGACUAGGUUCUAAUCCCUUGGUACAGCCAACCAAGCAUUAUCCGGUGGGCUUGUUUUCUCAUAGAACCACAAGGUGCCUUUUACACUGAACGAGUGCGGCAGUAUGGGCCUACACAAGCGGCAUGAAACCGGGCCGGGCGUCCCCGCCGUUUCUCAGCGCCACUCCUUCUCUUGUUUGUAAAAGGGAGUAACACAAUGAUUAAUGGCCGGACAGUGGACAACUGACGACAACAUAUUAACGCAAGGUUUGUGGAGGGGGGUCCUGCAUUGGGAAGCAGUUUAUAAUCACUUCUCUGCGCUGAACUUGAAUUCUCACAUUCUCUAUCCUGACCGCCUCCGUUUGACUGCUGGCCCUUUACAUGCACUAUUUUAAACAUGAAGUGUUAAUAUUCAUAAGAACUGAAUGCAGUUUUAUUUUGGAGUGGGAGAGGCACAAUUGGGGUUUAACGCAGAGGUUGGUAAGCACUCUUAAUUAAAUAAUUUAAAAAGCUCAAAGAAAACCGCAGAAGUGCUACAGGUAGGACUGAUACGUAAUUGUGAAGAGGGUUUACUUUUAUUUUUCUGACAAUAAAACUUGUGAUCGUGAAUUCAUCUGUUCAUGUUUUUGUUCAUUAAGUCAAUCAGUCAGUCAAUCAGCCACUCUUUAUUAAAUUAAUCCUGGAGAACUUGAGGACAGUUGUGCUGUGAAAUACAGAGUGAAGUGUUCAUUUAAAAAAUUAAAAUGCAGUUGUGUUCUCAUUGUCUAAAAUGGAAGCUUAAGUCUGCUUGGUGUUGGUAUUGCAGGUUACAGUAUAUGACCACAUUCAGAAACGGCCACAUGUGAAACGCAUUAAAGCGCAAGAGAUUUAAAGACCUCUUUAGCAAAUUUAUUGUGGAGGGAGCCUGGUGUAUAUAUCAGGUGGGUGCCUCCACCUCUCACCACCCUUAUCUUUAAUUGGGUGUAUGCUUCUCCCAGGGUUGUGGGUAGCACAGCCAGGAUUUUUACCUCAAUUCAGGGUUUUUUUUCUGUGUUAAAUGUGCCCGUUUUCAAGCUUUAGCUUUCAAAGUCUGUCUUACUCUCUUCCCUCAGUCUUGCUUCCUUAUCCAGCUGUCAAAGUAUUCACUCAUUCUGUCAAUUAGUCAUCUAGAUUACUUUGAAUUGAGUUUUGUUUUUUACUUGGUACCAACAACAUUCAGGCCAUUUGAAUUCACUUUGAUCUUGUAUACAUGAUUAAAACAUACAAAUAAAGAAACUGGUUCUUUAUAUUUUACAAA